UUCAGAAGUUUAUGGUCAACAUCAUGAAGCUCUGGACACCUCUACUCAUGACAUUGCUCUGUGUGGUGCUACUGUCUGCGCGGGGAGCAAUAAAGGAAAAACAUAGCAACAGGGGGAAAUCGUCACUUCAGGAGUGCUGGGGACUGCCAAAUGUCCAUGAAUGUGACAAGAGGUGUUCGAGAACCUUUAGAUGUGUCGACAUCAAUCACACAUGCUGCUGGACCUACUGUGGAAACAUCUGCUGGAAGAACACGGAACCAGUACCCGUCUAG